UUCACUUUCCCUCCUCCGCCUCCUCCUCCUGCUGCUGCUCCCCACAGAGCAGGAAGGGAGGAGAAAGGGAGGAGGAGGGCUCAGAGAUCUGACGCAGUGAGCGGCUGCUCCCUCACUUCCACUCUCCGCUGCCAGGAAGCGACACGGCGGCUCGGAAAGCGCUCUCAAACGCGCACAUCCACCCGGACGGAGACACGCGGAGGACGGCUGUUGGAGGCGAUGAGGGCGCCCGUGAUGAUCGGAGGGGAAGCGGGGCUCCGGGGCUCCGGGGCUCGGGAUUAAAGCCGGAGCUGUAAGCGCGGAGGUCUGCCUUCAUUGUGUGCUGAGUGGCGCAGGAGAAAAGGAUGCCUCCGCGGCCGCGCACACUCCUCCCGCUCCCGUCGAAAAACUUGAUUAUUUCCCGGCUCGAAGCGGAUCUUCUCCCCUCUCAGGAGGAGGGUUUAUGCCUGAGGAGCGCGCUGGUUUCUGAAGGACUCCGUCCUCCAUGCUGCCUGCUCAGGAUCCAUGAAAACUCUCAAUGAAAACAAGGAGAAGGAGGAGGAGGAGGGGUCCGGCUGCAGCGCCAUGGAGGAUAAGGAGAACAAACUGAAAACGGCCAGGCUGUGGAGGGAUGCCGCCCUCCGCUCCAGGAAGCUGCGGAGCAACCUGCGCCAGCUCACCCUCUGCUCCAAAAACAACCAGAUCGUACUGCCAGAGGACAUAGCCGACAUAGAGGUGCUCAACCUGGGGAACAACUCCCUCCAGGAGCUGCCAGACGGGCUGGGAUCCUCCCUGAACAACCUGCGCGUCCUGGUGCUCCGCAGGAACAAGUUCACCUCAGUCCCCAGGGUGGUGUUUGAGCUGGGGCAGCUGGUGGAGCUCGACAUGAGCCACAACAGCCUGAGGAGCCUGUCUGAAGGUGUGGGGCAGCUGAGGGGCCUGAAGAAGCUGUGCAUCAGUCACAACAAAAUCCAGCACCUGCCGGCUCAGAUCGGAGCGCUGCAGUCUUUGGAGGAGCUCGACAUCAGCUUCAAUGACCUGCACGACUUCCCCAGAUCCUUCUCCAGCCUCGCCCGUCUGCGGACUCUGGAUGCAGAUCACAACAAGCUGAACCAGUUCCCCCCAGAGAUCCUGGCCCUCAGUGAGCUGGAGGAGCUCGACUGCUCCGGGAACAAGUUUGAGACAUUACCGGCCGACAUCAGGACACUGCAGUCCAUCAAAAUCCUGUGGCUCAGCAGCCUCCACAUGUCCUCCCUACCCCACACCUUCUGCCACCUGCACCACCUGGAGAGCCUGAUGCUGGAUGGGAACUGCCUCACACAACUGCCCCCCUCCUUUGGUAGCCUGCAGAGACUCAAAAUGAUCAAUUUGUCCUCAAAUGACUUUGAAAACUUUCCACAGGUUAUUUUAAGCAUCACAGGAUUAGAGGAGCUUUACCUGAGCAGAAACAAACUGACUCAUAUUCCAGAGGACAUCGGCCUGCUGGGGAAGCUGGUGAACCUCUGGCUGGACAACAACAGCAUCACGUAUCUGCCUGACUCUAUCGUGGAGCUGGAGAAUCUGGAGGAACUUGUUUUGCAGGGUAACCAAAUAGCCAUUCUUCCAGAUAAUUUUGGAAAGCUUUCCAAAGUGAACAUUUGGAAAGUGAAGGAUAACCCUCUCAUCCAGCCUCCGUACGAGGUGUGCAUGAAGGGGAUCCCUUACAUCGCCGUGUAUCAGAAGGAGCUGGCACACUCUCAGCUCGCCGUGAAGCCGCGGCUGAAACUGGUCCUGAUGGGAGACAGAAACGCAGGGAAAACCCAGCUGAGGCAGAGCCUGGUGAGCACGCAGCAGGACGCCAGAGGAAACCAGGGAAGCAGAGGAAUCGAAGUCACCAACUGGGUGGCGGACGCUGAUCGCCACCUCACGUUCCUCAUGUACGAUCUGUCAGGGAAGCAAAACUACGACCUGAUCAAACCCUUUUUUCUCUCCCCCGGUGCUCUCUACAUUCUAGUCAUCAAUCUCAAAACGUACUCACCCAAGAACUUUUACGCCCACGUCGGGUAUUUCCUCCACCUGCUCUGUGCCAAAGUACCCCACGCUGUAGUGUGCUUGGUGGGCACGCAUGCAGACCUGUGUGGAGAGGUGGAGGUGGAGGAGAAGACUCUGGACAUCCACAGGCAGAUCGGCCUGCAGGAGAAGAGGGACAUCCAGAGCCUGAGGGGGCUGGCUCUGCAGGUGGACCAGGCUCUGGAGCAGGGCUACAAUGUCCGCACCUCCAGCCCUCACGUCCUCUUUUAUGGCGUCACCGACAAGAACCUGAGGCGCCGGAAAGCGCAGCUGCAGUACAUGCUGAACCACCGCCUGCAGAUUCUCUCUCCUGUCCUCAGAGUCAGCUGCACAGAGACUCAGAGGAACAUCCAGAGGCUGAGGGAGAAGCUCAUGUCCGUUGCAGAGCACAGGGAGAUUUUCCCCAACCUCCAUCGUGUGCUCCCAAAGUCCUGGCAGAUGCUGGAGGAGCUGCACUUUAAGCUCAAAGACCUGUGGCUCUCAUGGUGGGACUCAGCACGACUGGGCCUCCAGGCGGGGCUCACCGAGGACCGACUGCAGAGCGCCUUAUCCUACCUGCACGAGAGCGGGAAGCUGCUCUACUUUGAAGACAGCCUCACGCUGAAGGAGUACGUCUUUCACAAUCUUCCACGAUUCAUCGCAAUUCUCAAUGUGUUCUUCCAGAGAGACGAGUCCACACUGCUGGACCGUCUCCUCUCCGAGGGGGAGAGGGGGGACAAGGGGAGGGUGAGUCUGGUUAUAGAGGACGAGAAGGGAGAGAACCUCAGGGUCACCCAUCUGCAGCACCACGUGGAGGGCUUCCUGCAGCACGGACUCCUGCCCUCCAACAUCAUCCGCCUGCUCCUCAGACCGCUUAUCCAGACCCAGCAGGACCUCCACCUCAUCAUGGAGCUACUGGAGAAGAUGGGGAUUUGCUACUGCAUCAACAAACGCAGCAAGCCUCUGAACGGGGCCACCAUGUGGUACAAGUUCCCCAGCUACGUCAGCAGUGAGGAGGUCCAGGUGGAGGCUUCGGCCGGCGGGAGCUCUCUGCCUCUGUGUAACUUCUUCUCCGUGGAGCAGCUGCACGUCCAGUACAGCUUCCCCUUCCUGUUUCCUCCUGGACUGUUUGCACGCUUCAGCGUGCAGAUCAACAGCCACGUGGUGCAGCGGUCAGACAGCAAGCACCAGAUCUUCGCCUACCGGGGUAAAGUCCCCGUGGUGAUCAGCCACCGGCCCGCCAAAGGGAAGCUGCAGGUGGAGACUCUCUCCAUCGCCAGCCACGCCUCACUGCCCAACAUCUGGACUGCAUGGCAGGCCAUCACUCCACUGGUGGAGGAGCUGAACACGCUGCUGCAGGAGUGGCCGGGCCUGCACUACUCUGUACAUGUUCUCUGUUCCAAGUGCCUCAAGAGAGGGUCGGCCAACCCACACGCCUUCCCAGGUGAGCUGCUGAGCCAGCCGCGGCCCGAAGGUCUCACCGAGAUCAUUUGUCCAAAGAACGGCUCUGAGCGCGUCAACGUGGCUCUCGUUUACCCCCCGACCCCCACCGUGGUCAGCCCCUGUCUCAAAUGAAGCCCCGCCCACCCGUCUACUACCCCGAUCUGGCUCGUCUUCACUGCGACACCAGAACCUCGACCUCCGACCUCCAGCUUCUGUCGUCUGCCUCCCGUUUGAACCACCAACCACCGCUUCAUCGUCCUCCACAGUCAGAGUCAGCAGCUCGCCGGCUCUCUGCUUCACGGGUUGCUCGGCCUCACCUCUGACGUCUCUUCUCUGAGCGGCAUCGAUCCACGGUCUGUAGCAUCUGAGAAGGCGUCCCUCACUGAGCCACGCUGCGUCGCUCAUUUCUCUCCUUGAAUGGCCACGCCCACUUUCUUCUGUGUGACGCUACAAGUGUAAAAAGACUGGAGGACAUUUUUGUUAUUUUGUGCAGUUUGUGAGGUGGAGGUUCAGGUUCCUGCUGAAGGCACGGAGACGCGCUCUGCAGGAGGUCUCAGGUCUCCGUGGGACGGACGGCGGCCACAGUUAUCGAUGUGUACGCACAGUUUGUCUCUGUGACAUCAUGACAGUGCAGACUGCAGGACUUAAACACAGACACACACACGAGCUCUUUGUUUCCCUGUAACGUCACUCAGAAGCAGAGCUCGUUCAGCAGGAGGAGGUAAACACAGGUUCAGGGUCAGAGUGCGUCCAAGUAUUGAUCCCAAACAGAUCAGGCAUCAGGAACUGCUCAGCUUUCCAGUCUGAGGACUUUUCAUCCUGGACACCUUCAUCAGCUCCGUCUCAUUAAACAGGUUCCACACAAGCAUGGGAAAUACCAGCAGCUCACACAUAACUGGGAGGAAACACUGGGAAAUAUGCUAACCAAUGGGAACCACUGGGAGUUGAGGGUUAGCUAAAUGGAAGCAAUGUGAAAACAUCCACACCAGUGGGAAAUAAUCUCAAAGGGAAACUGUGGAUAUUAAUGGUUAACAAUGCAGAAGCACUGGGAGAACCAUGGUUAGCACUGGGAGAACAGGGAGAAUGCUAACGGGGGACCGAUGGCAGGGCGUGGUCCUUCCAUGGGUCACAUGUCGCAGUAAUAACAGGAAGUGAAGACGGGGUGGUUCUGCCUUUUUGUUUCCCUGCAGCUCUCCGCUGUGUUCACCCCUCUGUGACACUGUCAGGGCUUCGAGGACAUCAUCCAUUUUUGUCCUCUUAUCCUUUUUAGGGUCAUGCAGGGGGGCGGAGCCUAUCUCAGCUGCCAUAGGGAGAGAGGCAGGGUACACCUGGACAGGUUGGCAGCCUGUCGCAGGGCUAACACAGAGACAGAAAACCAUUCACACUCACAUUCACACCUGUGACCAGUUUAGAGUCACAGAAGACACAUUUUUACUGUCUCUCCCUCUCAGACUUUUACUUUUAUUGACUCAUCAAAUUAGGUUCAGUUUAUGGGGAUUCCUCACAACCUAUGAAAAAGUACCAAAGGCGCCACCAUGUGGUCAUUUACUGAACAUUUCUUUUUUCUUUGAUAUUUUUUGGCAAAUAUCUUGUGAAUCUUUCUCCUCAAACAUUUCAGACCAGGACAAAAAUGAAAAAUUGAUAAUUUAUGAUAUCACAUGUGUAACUAUACACACAGUGCCAGUAUUUAAUUUGUAGAGUUUACAGUCGUGUUUAUGUCAGAGCAGCUCUCAUCAUUCAUAACACAGUUUCAGUUUAAGGCGACUGAACAGGUAACGAGACAUUUCACAGUGAAUUUAUGCCAAAAUGAAACCAGUCUGAAGCACAAUGAAACACAUUUUUCUGGGUUUUCUGUUAAAUGUUGUGUAAACCAGGAGAAGCAGGAAUGCUGGGAGUUCAGAUUCAGAGAGAUCGCUCGUCUCUGACGGUGGGGGGGGUAAAGUCGUGUGGAGCUGCUGACGUUUCAGAGCCCUGUGGUCUGCACUCGCUCUCAGACAAACCGAUGAACGCACUCCUCCCUGAGACGAACUGAUGGAGCGUCAGCAGACGAGCCUUCGUGGUGAGGACGUGUACAGAUAUUUAACCCACAGUGAUUUAUGAGAGGAGGAAGCAGCUCGUUUCACCACAUGUUGAACUUUGUUUCACUGUCUGAUGAACACACUGACACGUGCUGAUGGGAAAUGUUGCUUUUUUGUAAAUAAUAUCUUUAUUUUUGUAUGUUGACCCGAAGUGUCGCCACUCGAGCUUUGACUUUCUUUACAGUGCAAUGAUGUGCAUGACUCACUGUGAGGUUUCUAUGUAGCGGCUCACAGUUCAUCAUGAAAUACCAAAUAAACCAAUGACUGCUUUACUACCUGCACACCGUGUCCAUCACUCACUUUCACUCUUGUUAGGGAUUAUUUUUUACUCGGUGAAUAAAGGACAAAUGUUUAAAGGUAAACUCAAGUAAAUUAAAUACUAAACAGUGGAUCAGCCAAAUAAUAAACAAUUAAAUAAAUACAUUAGACAGAGAGCAACAGAUCAGAACGUAGUAGACUAACUUCUCUGUUUCAGAGCAUCUUAUCUUGAGGAACGGCCACAAGGACACAUAACUAAAACAUCAGGAAGAUGAUGUGCUUCAUGACUCCACAGCUGAGGAAUCAUGAGUCAUGAAAACCAGCUUGGACGAGACUGAGUGACGAAGUUCAACUCGCAGCACCCAGAGAUUGUUUAUGUAUAGAUAAGAGGAGGCUGACAGUAUGAAGAUG